GUCAGGCAGCUGUGAGCACCUGAGGAGGGCAAGCUGAGGCUGCGCAGAGCCUCCGGUGAGGCUGAGGCAGCUCUGAAUCACGUAUAAAACCCCUCUGCUGCGUGGAAACGUGCCCUAAUGCGCAAACCAGGGUCCAGCCAAAAAUCUGCUAAUUCACCUCUGCAGCAUUAAAUCCACUAACAAAGGCACGCUGCUGCUGCAGAGACAGAUAAACAUGAAUGAGUGGCAACAUCUGCAGACGUCGGGCUCAAAGCUGAACUCCUAAAGUUCCUGAGAGAGAGGCAAGAGGCAGUUGCCAUGGAGCCCGCCUGGCGACAGCAGGGCCGCGGGCGUGGCCGGAGUCAGGAGGCUCAGGUUGAAAGGUCGCGACCCCUGCAGAGGGAGAGAGAGAGGCCAGGCACUGCUACGGGAAGAGGAGUCAGGACGAAGACGGGCUCUGCGCCUGAACCUCCGCAUGGUUUGGCUGUCCAAUCCAAGUUUGAGGAGAUCAGGAAAUCCAACCAGGCUGCUGCUCAGCGAUUGGUCGAGAGCCACUUCAGCUCCUCCUCUGAUGAUGAAGACGACAACAGCAUCGAUGAUGGAGACCACAAGGAAGGAAAGAGAGGGAAGAUCCUGGCGUCCGCCUUCACCACCUACACCGACCAGACAGGCGGGGAUGCCACUGGCCUGCAGAGGACCGGUCAGUACGUCAGCGACCUGUUUCAGUCCGGAGCGCUCACCUGUCUGAUCUGCAUCGCCUCGGUGAAGAGGACACAGGCGGUGUGGAGCUGCUCCAGCUGUUUCUCCCUCUUCCACCUGCCCUGUAUCCAGAAGUGGGCCAAAGACUCGGUCUUCCUCGUCUCCUCAGUCACCGAUGAAGACUUUGGUCAGAAGCAGCACCCGUGGCCCUGUCCAAAGUGCCGUGCAGAGUAUCCACCCAGUGCCACCCCCAACAGGUACACGUGUUACUGUGGGAAGCUUCAGGAUCCUCCAGCUGAUCCGUGGCUGGUUCCUCACUCGUGCGGCUCCAUCUGUCAGAAGGAGCUCAAACCUGCCUGUGGACACACCUGCCUGCUGCUCUGUCACCCCGGCCCCUGCCCUCCAUGUCCAAAGAUGGUGUCGGUGUCUUGUCUGUGUGGCAAAGCACAGCCCCUCCCCCGUCGCUGUAGCAACAAGGCCUGGUCGUGUCAGCAGCCGUGUGGAAAGUUGUUGCUCUGCAAACAGCACACCUGUUCACAGCCGUGUCACACAGAGUGUGCGCCCUGUCCCAGAGUCAGCGUUCAGAAGUGUGUGUGCGGCAGAGAGAAGGCAGAGAGGCCCUGCGCCAGCCCCCGCUGGACCUGCCAGCAGGUGUGCGGCGCUCCGCUCUCCUGUGGGAACCACACCUGUGAGGAGGUGUGCUGCGAUGGCGACUGUCCUCCAUGUCCUCGCUCCAUCAGCAGGACGUGUCCAUGCGGAAAGACCAAGUCGUCUCUGCCGUGUACAGAGGAAGUGCAGCCAUGCGGCGACACGUGCGAUCGCCGUCUGGCAUGUUUGAAGCACACCUGUUCAAUGAGGUGUCACCGAGGGAGCUGCGAAACCUGCAGACAGGAGGUGGAGAAGGAGUGCAGGUGUGGCCGAUACAGGAAGCAGAUGCCGUGUCAUAAAGAAUACCUGUGCGACUCCAAGUGUCCCAAAACCAGGAACUGUCAGAGACACCAGUGCAGGAGGAAGUGUUGCCCCGGUAACUGUCCCCCCUGCGACCAAAGCUGCGGCCGAACCCUGGGCUGUCGGAACCACAAGUGUCCCUCAGUCUGUCACCAAGGCAGCUGUUAUCCGUGUCCAGAGUCGGUGGAGGUCCGGUGCACGUGCGGCUCGACGGUCCUUGUCGUCCCCUGUGGCCGCGAGAGGACCACCAAACCACCUCGCUGCAAGGAGGCCUGCAGGUGUCCUCCGUCCUGCCACCACCCGACCCGAGAGGCUCACCGCUGCCACCCCGGCACCUGCCCCCCCUGCAAGCAGCCCUGCCUGCUGCCGCUGCCCAGCUGCAGCCACACCUGCCCGCAGCCCUGCCACGACGUGGUGCUGGUCAAGUCCCAGCAGGUUCACUUAGCUGGACCGUGGGAGCAGCCGUCUGAGCCCGCGUUUGUCAAGAAGGCUCUGCCCUGCCCACCAUGCCAAGUCCCCCUACCGACGGCCUGUUUUGGAGAACACGAGGUCAGCCCGGUGCCGUGUCAUCGUCAGGGUCGUUUCUCCUGCAAGCGACCCUGCGGACGACCUCUGACCUGCGGCAACCACUCCUGCAGCAGAGAGUGUCAUCUGGUUAACAGCAAUCCAUGCGAGGUGUGUGAGGAGGGCUGCUCUAAGCCCCGCCCAUCCGGUUGCCCUCACUCCUGCCCCCGCCCCUGUCACCCAGGCGCCUGCCCCCCCUGCAGCCAGAUGAUCCGCCAGCGGUGCCACUGCAAGAUCAGCCUGCUCUACGUGGAGUGCACGAAGCUGACCGCAGCCGACGAGCAGACCAAGGAGGCCCUGAGCUCCUGCAACAACCAGUGUCCCAAAGAGCUGAGCUGUGGCCAUCGCUGUAAGCAGGUGUGCCAUCCAGGUGUGUGUGAGGAGACGUGUCAGCAGAAGGUGAAGCUCCGGUGUCCCUGCAAGAGAAUCAAGAAGGAGGUGCUGUGCUCGCUGUCGCCUCAGUUUGCUGUUGAGUGUGACGACAUCUGCAGAGAACAGCAGAAGAAAGUCAGCCAGCUGAAGGAGGCGGAGCAAAGAGCGGCUCAGGAGGAGGAGCAGAGGAAGCUUCAGGAGGAGCUGGAGGCGUUCGAGAAGAGGCAGCAGCGAGGAGGGCGGAGGAACAAGAAGCGGGGUAGAAGGGAGGAGGUGGACGACGAGCGCUCAAAGGCGGCAAGGUGGUGGAGGUGGUGUGCCGCCUUUGUCCUUGUCCCGCUGGGCGGCGCGCUGCUGUCUGCCGCCACCUACUACUACCUGCAGGAGUCGGCCUGAGCAGACGGCGGCGUGCAAGCUUCUGUUUCCUGCCGCCAUUCAGACGCUCGCUGCGACUCUUCCCUUGCGAACCUUGUGUUAACCAUAGCAGCAGUGGCUUUAGGUUAGGUUGGAUGGUUAGAACUUUGAACACAGCGCUGCCUCAUGUUUCAGAACAAAAGGAAGUUUCUCCUUUUUCAUUCAGUGAAAAGUUUAAUUGAUUUUUAGUCUGAAAGCAGUGAAGAAAAACGUUAAAAUAGCUGCUUUAAGUGUGACUCUGACUAAAUUGUUGUGAGAGAUGAGCUACGUGUGGUUUGUCACUCCAUCACAUAAAGUAAGACUUUGUGGCUCUGGAAUAAUCUGAUGUGACACAGUGACCAUGGUAACAGGCAUGACUGACUCAGGCUGAUCAAAACUUAUGGGAACGUGAUUUUCCCCUCUGCUACCAACCAAAUAUCUCAAUUAUGUGAAAAAAGGUCAAAUUAUUUGGCCUGAUCCUGAUCCAGUGGUUCCCAAACUAAGCAGCACUGCAGUUUAAUAAUGUCCCAUGAGGUUCCAGUGAGCCAGUCCUUUGUUUAUUUGUCUAACAUUACAGAAAUAAACAUGUUUACAAUCUGAUAUAAAUAUAUUUUUGGGUUCUAUAGCAUAACACAUGUACAGAAAUGCAGUAACCAACAAGGUAAUUGAGAGUAUCAAAAACCUGAAACCUGUAAAAAUAACCUUCAGUGGAAGAAGGGGGCGGGGCUAAACAUUGUUUGUGGAGUUCCACAUGGCUCUAUCAUAGGUCCUCUACUUUUUCUUCUGGUUUAAAUUAUAUUCUUGUUUUUCAAAGUAUGCUGUCUUUACCCCUUCAUCACAACUGUAAGGUUGUUGGCUCUUAUGAUGUCUCACCUGUUUAAAGGGUUGACGUUUGCAUUAGUGGGUCGUGGUCUCUGUGGGACCUCUAGGCUGUCUUUAUGCUGUUGGAGCCUUUGGAGACUGGGUCUGUUUCGUGGUGGAGGUUUAACUGGGACAGAAAUAAAGAUUUGGGAACCACUGGGUUGGUGUAGUUUCAUCAUCAGUUUCAUGCACACUGACAUGGAGCAGUGUUAGAUCAGGCAGGCCAUGAAGUCAGCUCAUGCCUCACUACACAUCAGUGUGGGGCGAUAUCUAGAAGCUGCUUUGUGCCCACCUGCAGACCAGCUCCUGCUGUCCUGCUGGGUGUCUUCACUGAUGUGUGUGCAUGCCUGCACAGAAAGCAUGCACACGUGAAAACUGAGGUUGUAGUAGAGAGACUGAUGCUGCAACAACAACACAGCCUAAUGAUUCCUGUUUUCAUCCUGGUAAACCUCUAAUCAACCUUUAAUAUUCUCCAUAAUUGUUUUUUAAUGUGUUUCAAGUUCAAAAUGAAAAUAAGAGAUGAACAUUUUGACGCUUAAGUUGUAGUAAUUGAUAUCUUUGGUUCCCUUUUCCUCAUUAAUGCACCUUCAUUAUUCUCCCUAAUGUGUAAUCUUUAUGUUUGUGUAAGUUUAAAGUAGAAAAUGAACAACAGGAAGUUUCUGACUGGAAAAAUCUGAAAUAAAUCUAGAGUCAUUUUUGUGAGGAAUCCAUCAGAUACUGGAACUCAACUGUCUAAUAUUCAUGCUGAAACGUUUCAAUUGUUUUGAUUUUGAUUUAAAAAUUUUCUUUCUUAUUUUUCAUUCUUUUGUCCUAAAGACUUAAAAAAU